GCGAAAAUCACGUCACCCGCAGUUUCGCGCCAGUUCUGCAGCAUUCGGACAGACGUACAAGAAGAGAUAUCCCACCAACAAUGUCUUCCCCAACCUCGACUCCUGGUGGCCGCAAACGUGGGAGGAACACCAACCCACCCACACCCAGUAGCGAGGACCCCACCUCACCUCCCUCUCAGCGGCGCAGAGGUCAGGACUCCUCCACCGGGGACCUGAUGCCGAUGCCCACCUCCCCAGCCACUGACAUGCUCAGUCCUGCAGCUCCACAGGACACUUCUCUGUUCUCCAGCCCACGGCCAUCAGUCCAACCAAAUGAAGUGGACAUGAGCUCCCCUCUGAUGUACGGGACCCCCAGCUCCAGGGUGGAGGGGACUCCACGCAGCGGAGUGAGAGGGACACCAGCCAGACAGCGUCCUGAUCUGGGAUCAGUCAGGAAGGCUCCCCAAGUCGACCUUCACGCUGAGCCGCCGAGCACAGACGGAGCAGCAGCCAGUGAGCCGAACUCCGGCCAGAGACUGGUGAUCUGGGGGACUGACGUCAAUGUAGGGACCUGCAAGGAGAAGUUCCAGAGGUUUCUGCAGAGGUUCAUUGACCCGACCUCCACUGAGGACGAAAACGCCGGUCUGGACCUGAACGAGCCUUUAUACAUGCAGAAGCUGGAGGAGAUCAGCGUUGUGGGUGACCCUGUGCUGAAUGUGAAUUGCCGCCAUGUGCAGUCCUUUGAUGCAGAACUUUACAGGCAGCUGAUCUGCUACCCUCAGGAAGUCAUCCCAACUUUCGACAUGGCAGUCAAUGAGCUUUUCUUUGAGCGCUUCCCUGACUCAGUCCUUGAGUACCAGAUCCAAGUCCGCCCCUACAACGCCCUGAAAACCCGAAACAUGAGGAGCCUGAACCCAGAAGACAUCGACCAGCUGAUCACCAUCAGCGGCAUGGUGAUCCGCACCUCGCAGCUCAUCCCCGAGAUGCAGGAGGGCUUCUUCCAGUGCCAGGUGUGCGCCUACAGCACCCGCGUGGAGGUGGAUCGCGGGCGCAUCGCUGAGCCGGCCGUGUGUCGCAACUGCAACAACACUCACAGUCUGGCGCUGGUUCACAAUCGCUCAGUCUUUUCAGACAAGCAGAUGAUUAAAAUUCAAGAGUCUCCUGAGGACAUGCCGGCCGGUCAGACGCCUCACACAACUAUUGUGUACGCUCACAAUGAUCUGGUCGACAAAGUGCAGCCAGGAGACAGAGUGAACAUCACCGGUAUCUACAGAGCAGUCCCCAUGCGUGUUAACCCACGGCAGAACAACGUGAAGUCAGUGUACAAAACUCACAUAGAUGCCAUCCACUUCCGUAAGACGGAUGAGAAACGCCUGCACGGUUUGGACGAGGAGGCUGAACAGAAGCUCUUCACCGAGGACCGUGUGCAGACCCUGAAGGAGCUGGCAGCCAAACCAGACGUGUACGAACGCCUCUCCUCUGCCCUCGCACCGAGCAUCUACGAACAUGAGGACAUCAAAAAGGGCAUCUUGCUGCAGCUCUUCGGCGGCACUCGUAAGGACUUCAGUCAGACCGGUCGGGGGAACUUCCGUGCAGAGGUGAACAUCCUGCUCUGUGGAGAUCCCGGCACCAGCAAGUCCCAGCUGCUGCAGUACGUCUACAACCUGGUGCCCCGCGGCCAGUACACAUCAGGAAAAGGCUCCAGCGCUGUGGGUCUCACCGCCUACGUCAUGAAGGACCCGGAGACCAGGCAGCUGGUCCUGCAGACUGGAGCUCUGGUUCUCAGUGACAACGGCAUCUGCUGCAUUGACGAGUUUGACAAGAUGAGCGACAACACGCGCUCCGUGCUGCACGAGGUCAUGGAGCAGCAGACCCUCUCCAUUGCCAAGGCUGGAAUCAUCUGCCAGCUGAACGCCCGCACUGCCGUGUUGGCAGCAGCCAACCCUGUUGAGUCUCAGUGGAACCCCAAGAAGACUACGAUUGAGAACAUCCAGCUGCCUCACACACUGCUGUCGAGAUUCGACCUCAUCUUCCUGAUGCUAGAUCCUCAGGACGAGGCUUACGACCGGCGGCUGGCCCACCACUUGGUGUCGCUGUACUACCAGAGCGAGGAGCAGAUGGAGGAAGAGUUCCUUGACAUGGCUGUGCUGAAGGACUACAUCGCGUACGCACGAACAUACAUCAGUCCGAGGCUGAGCGAGGAAGCCAGCCAGGCCCUCAUUGAGGCUUAUGUCGACAUGAGGAAGAUAGGCAGCGGUCGUGGGAUGGUGUCUGCUUACCCCAGACAGCUGGAGUCCCAUCGCCUGGCAGAAGCUCACGCCAAAGUCCGCUUCUCUGAGAAGGUGGAGACCAUCGACGUGGAGGAGGCCAAGCGGCUGCACCGAGAGGCCCUCAAACAGUCGGCCACUGACCCCAGGACUGGAUUUGUUGACAUCUCCAUCCUGACGACAGGCAUGAGUGCCACAGCCCGCAAGCGUAAGGAGGAGGUCGCCCAGGCCCUGAAGAAGCUGACAGGCAAGGGAAAGACACCUGCCAUGAAAUACCAGCAGCUGCUUGAUGACCUCAGAGGACAGUCUGAAACCGCGAUCACCAAGGAGCUGUUCGACGAGGCGCUCCGAGCCCUGGCUGACGAGGAUUACUUGACGGUCACUGAAAGACUGUUCGUCUCCUUGCUUAAGGCACACCCUGCAAUUAUGUACAGUCCUUAAUUUUAAAUCCUAUCCUGUGUCGACCUAUUUUCUCAUGCUGUAAAAAAAAGGCCUGUGUAAUUAAAACCAACAUAUGUUUUCUGGGCGUAUUGGAUGUUUAAAUAUCCUCAUAUUCAGAAACAUGAUCAGAAUUGCCGCAUGACUCAUUAAAUGUUGGUGUCGUGUUGCAAAUGAAAAAAAAAGUUAGAAAAAUAUGAGAACAAACGCAUACAGUGGAAAUUAAUAUUUAAAAGUACAUAUGUUUCAUUUGUUACUUGCUUUUCAGUAGUAUUCUGGCUGUUUUGUGCUUUUCUUGGUUGAAAACUUUCUCUUUGGAAUGUUUUGGAGUCCUUGCUAUUGUUACAGAUUAUUUGUCUUACAGAGUAGCUUGUGUAGACUGUUUAAUAGGAAAAAAAUAAAAUGUUGCUCACUGAAAA